UCACAUGCUGUCAUUUUAUCUCGUUCACCUUCACGUGCACUUUUAAAUUCCAUUCUAGAAGUAAUAAGGUAGGCGUUUCCACGAGUUUACCGUUUACGAUAAAAUUUUGGAUAUCCAUUUGAUUGCUUACCACAAAGCAGAAACUGGAAUAACUUGUUUUAGCUGUGGCGAAAUGAUCAUGGCUUAAUCUGACUCUGACUGCAUUGGUUUCGCGACAUUGUAUUAGUUCUCUGAGGUACUGUAACGAAAGCGGACGAUUUUGCAUCGCGAACCACAUCCUUCCCUUUUUCGAGAUGGAUCAACGCUUCUUUUCCGUGCUGAUCUGUUUUGCUGUCCUGUUUGUUCCCUAUUCCCAAUGUCAGGUCACAGACUUACCGACUACGGUAUCUCCGAUUGUCAACACCACUGCUUUAACACCAGAUCAGCUUUGUCGCACGAAGUCGACCUGCGAUGAAUGCGUGGCGGUGGAAGGCGCAAAAUGCUACUUUUGCCACAACAAUCAGACCAAUAACUACGGAUGUCGUCUGUAUCCUGCAUCCAAAGUCUUCCCUACCGAUGACUGUCCUCUGUCGGAAGCGCGUUGGGGCGUCUGCUGGGUGAAUUUUGAGGCAUUGAUUAUCGCCAUGUCAGUCAUUGCCGGGGUUCUGCUUAUUGCCAUUGUAACGACUUGCUAUUGCUGCUGCUGCCGCAACAAGCGCAGCUCCGUGGUGGAUCGGACGACCUUAAAAUGGGAACGGGAAACCAGAGAACGAGAGCAGCGUCACGCUGACCGACGUGCUGAACGAGAAGCAAAGAUGGACGCGAUUCGCCAGAAAUAUGGACUUAAUCGCGAAACGUCUUCGUACAACCGGAUGGCUUAACGAGGAUUCGCUCAUUUUAUGGGCAACACUUUGGAAUUUAGAGCGAAGGAAAGCGCGAGUCUGCCCUUGCCGUGGUUUAUUAUCCAUAUCGUAAACUCAAGGGUUAACUUAUCGCUUUACCCGGAUUAUCAAAAUAAUUUGUACCAUUUGCACGUUAUCUGUCAUACGUCCUUCGUAAUUUUCUCGUUUUUUUGCUUCUAACUGUUUUCCGAAUUAUGGCUGCUUGAGCGGUUCUUUUUUGCUCCACUGUUUUGCCCGUGUACCACAGCACUCGGCCAGAUGACGAUCUGAAGAAAUCUUUCACGAUGUAUGAGCAAGCGUUGACGGCAAAGUUGUGAUUUCACCAAUUUUCAGACUGGAGUCCAGCUGCAAUUUGCUAUGUCCAUUGGCCUGCAACAGUAUUAAACCUUGGUGGUAUCUUG